AUGUCCAACAGAGAGAAAUAUGUCCCAUACCCCGGCGGGGGUGAGAAGUGGGGAGGGAAUGGAGUAGGGGAUGACCUCUACUCGUUCGGAUUCGACGGCGCCUUCAUGUGGUCUGGUGGAAGAAAGACACCUGUGAACAGGACGCAUGCUGAGGAGCCUUAUAUACGGAAAAGUGACGUAAUCGGCUGUGCUCUAGAUUUGACAGUGCCGAUUAUAAACUUUAUGUUCAACGGAGUAAGGGUCACUGGAUCCUUCACCAACUUCAACUUGGAAGGCAUGUUCUUCCCGGUUAUCAGUUGCUCAAGCAAAUUGAGUUGCCGCUUCCUUCUCGGAGGCGAACACGGCCGGCUGCGCUACGCGGCGCCCGAAGGCUACUCUCCUUUAGUGGAGUCUCUCCUGCCUCAGCAGAUCCUGGCCUUGGAGCCGUGCUUCUACUUCGGCAACUUGGCCAAGCGGGCCCUAGCUGGGCCACCGCUGGUGCAAGACGAUACGGCUUUUGUACCCACACCCGUGGAUACUUUGCAGAUUACUUUGCCGUCGUAUGUCGAACAAAUCAGAGACAAACUAGCAGAGAAUAUCCACGAAAUGUGGGCCAUGAAUAAGAUUGAAGCGGGAUGGAUGUAUGGAGAUCAGCGCGAAGACUUGCACAAGAUCCACCCGUGCUUGGUGCCGUUCGAGCGGCUCCCCGCCGCUGAGAAACGAUACGACAUCCAGUUGGCGGUGCAAACACUCAAGACUAUUCUUGCUCUCGGCUACUACAUCAGCCUUGACAAGCCCCCAGCGCGUAUCCGCAACGUUCGUCUGCCCAACGAGCCUUUCAUGCAGUCGAACGGUUACAAGCCAGCACCCUUAGACUUGAGUGCUGUCACCCUAACACCAAAGAUGGAUGAGUUAGUUGACCAGCUUGCUGAGAACACUCACAAUCUUUGGGCUAGGGAGCGCAUCCAGCAAGGAUGGACUUAUGGACUCAAUGAGGACCCCGACAUGCACCGCUCGCCGCAUCUGGUGCCGUACCCAAAAGUGGACGACGCGAUCAAAAAGGCCAACCGGGACACCGCGUCUGAGACUGUCAGGACUCUGUUAGUCUAUGGAUAUAAUUUGGAUCCGCCCACAGGAGAGCAACACGAAGCAUUGCUAGCUGAAGCCUCGAAACAGAAACAAGCUGAUUUCAGGACGUAUAGAGCGGAGAAGAAUUACGCAGUCAGCUCUGGAAAGUGGUACUUCGAGUUUGAGAUCCUGACUGCUGGGCCGAUGAGGGUUGGUUGGGCCCACGCUGAUAUGGCCCCAGGAAUGAUGCUGGGGCAAGACGAAAACUCCUGGGCUUUCGACGGUUACAACUGUGUAAAAGUCCACGGUGGCUCGAACGACGCAUUCGGACAGCAAUUCAAAGUGGGCGACAUAGUCGGAUGCUUCCUGGAUGUUUGGGAUAUGACCAUCAGUUUCUCGCUCAAUGGAGAGUUGUUGAUGGACGCACUCGGUGGUGAGACAACAUUUGCUGAUGUACAAGGAGAUAACUUCGUUCCCGCUUGUACUCUUGGAGUGGGACAGAAGGCCCGGCUGACAUACGGACAAGACGUUAACACUCUAAAAUACUUCACAACUUGCGGUCUUCAGGAAGGAUACGAGCCUUUCUGUGUGAACAUGAAGCGUGACGUCACCCACUGGUACACCAAGGACCAACCCAUCUUCGAAAAUACGGAUGAAAUGCUGGACACCAGGAUAGAUGUUACCAGGAUCCCAGCUGGCUCCGAAACACCACCUUGCAUGAAGAUCUCUCACAACACAUUUGAGACCAUGGAAAAGGCCAACUGGGAGUUCCUACGGUUGUCUUUGCCCGUCAUAUGCCAGGCACAAUUUAUAGGUGAACAAGAGAAAGCCAGAAGAUGGGUGGAGAUCAAGGAACGUCAACAAAUCCUGAUGAAAGAAGCGACUGAAGCCCAAAUGCCAGCCCACAUCGAUCAGAUUAUGAGAAGCGGGUUCACCAUGAAUGAUAUCAAAGGUCUGCACUACGAAGAUAACCAGGACGACGUCCAGUCAAAGAUGAAGAGGCAGCCUUCGAGACCCCCCCGCAAAGGCUCGGUGACGCGAGGCGUGACGUAUCAGCAAGGUCAAGUAAACGGCAUGCAUAGGUCGACGAGCGAAGCCGAGAUGUCUAAAUACGAGUUGGGCGUCCAAAACCUGGCCGAUGAAAAGAAGGAUAAAAGAGGAAGAUCGCCUUUCAAGUUCUUCAAAAGCAAACGCGGCGAGAGCGGAGACCGAGCGAAGUCUCGCAAAUCGAAGACUCCAGAUCCCUUCAGUGACACGGAAGUCUCUCCUGAGAGAGGUCCGAGGAGACCCAACCCUCAAAUACGAGUUUCACAGGCGAAUCAAAGAUAUGACAACAUGCUCCCAAGAGCUAGUAAACCCACCUUGUAUGACAGCCAAGGAGGUUUGAACACCAACCUGCAAAUGGCGACUCCGACGCAAGACCGGAAGCAGAUGACCACUAGUGCCCUUUCUGCGGCCACCACAGAAACUGUGGGCAACGAGAUUUUCGACGCGGAGUGCUUGAAACUGAUCAACGAGUACUUUUAUGGUGUCAGAAUAUUCCCCGGUCAAGACCCGACGCACGUUUACAUCGGAUGGGUGACCACGCAGUACCACCUGCACUCCAAAGACUUCAACCAGAACAAAGUCAUGAAGUCGUCAGUCAUCAUCACUGAUGACUACGACCGGGUUGUGGAGAGCGUUAACCGCCAAUCCUGCUACAUGGUCCGAGCGGACGAGCUAUACAACGAAGUAAUGGCUGAAGCGACAGGACCCAAAGGCGCUUCGCAGGGAAUGUUCAUCGGUUGCUCGGUAGACACCUCCACUGGUACUGUGGCGUUCACUUGCGAAGGGAAGGAUACUAGCAUCAAAUUCAAGAUGGAGCCAGAAACAAAGCUCUUCCCAGCCAUUUUCGUAGAGGCCACAUCCAAGGAGAUCCUGCAGAUCGAGCUGGGCAGGUCUUCCACCAGCCUCCCGCUAAGCGCUGCGGUGCUGCCCACUAGUGAUAAACACGUCAUACCGCAGUUCCCGCCGAGGUUGAAGGUUCAGUGCUUGAAGCCGCACCAGUGGGCUAGGGUACCAAAUCAAUCUUUGCAAGUCCACGCCUUGAAGCUGUCAGAUAUCCGUGGUUGGUCCAUGCUGUGUGAAGAUGCUGUAUCCAUGCUCGCCCUUCACAUACCAGAGGAAGAUCGCUGCAUAGAUAUUCUGGAGUUGAUAGAAAUGGACAAACUUCUGAGUUUCCACUCACACACGUUGACUUUGUACGCUGCGUUGUGCUACCAAAGUAAUUACAGGGCCGCCCACGCUCUCUGCCAACACGUGGACCAAAAGCAGUUGUUAUACGCCAUCAAGUCUCAGUACAUGUCGGGCCCGCUGCGCCAGGGCUUCUACGACCUGCUCAUCGCGCUGCAUCUGGAGUCCCACGCCACCACCAUGGAGACAUGCAAGAACGAGUUCGUGAUACCACUAGGGCCUGAACUGAAGGCGCUAUACGAUGAGGCAGGCAUGGGCCACAGCCUCCGUUCGCUGCAGACUGAGAGCGUACGUCCACAGAUGAAGAUGACGGACAUCGCCGAGAAUAUCUCAGACAUCAGCAACCUGUACUCGCCGUACUUCCCGCUAGAGGUCGUGAGGGAGUUCCUGAUGCAAGCACUAGCAGAGGCCGUGGAGACCAACCAGGUGCACAAUCGAGACCCCGUGGGGGGCAGCAACGAGAAUCUGUUCUUGCCGCUAAUAAAGCUGGUGGAUCGUCUUCUGCUCGUGGGAAUGAUGAGAGACGAGGAUGUCGAGAAGUUGCUCAUCAUGAUCAACCCUGAGACUUGGGACCCCACGUUCGAUAGAGAAGGCAAAGACGAGCACCGCAAAGGCUUACUCCACAUGAAGAUGGCGGAAGGCGCCAAACUCCAGAUGUGUUACUUACUGCAGCAUCUGAAUGACAUUCAGCUGCGGCACCGAGUGGAGUCCAUCAUAGCUUUCGCACACGACUUCGUUGGCGAUGUCCAGACUGAUCAGUUGAGACGUUACACAGAAAUCAAGCAGUCGGACCUGCCCAGUGCGGUUGCAGCCAAGAAGACCAGGGAGUUCCGUUGUCCUCCCCGGGAACAGAUGAAUGCCAUCCUUAGUUUCAAGCAUCUAGAAGAGGAAGACAAGGAGAACUGCCCGUGUGGCGAGGACCUCAUCGCGCGAAUGAACGAGUUCCACGAGUCACUAAUGUCGCACGUGUCUCUCAAUGCACUGCAGGAGCCGGACCCUGGGGAAAACGCUGAGCCCGAAGCGAAACCGGGUGCUUUCGGCAAACUGUACAACAUUAUCAACACUGUGAAGGAGUUGGAAGAAGAACCUAAGGCCAUAGAAGAACCACCGAAGAAAACUCCGGAAGAGAAGUUCCGCAAAGUCCUGAUCCAGACUAUAGUCAGUUGGGCGGAGGAGUCGCAGAUCGAAACGCCCAAACUAGUCAGGGAGAUGUUCAGUCUCCUAGUACGCCAAUACGACGCUGUAGGCGAGUUGAUCCGCGCCCUUGAGAAGACAUACGUCAUCAACGCAAAAACGAAACUAGAUGUCGCCGAAAUGUGGGUGGGACUUAGUCAAAUCCGUGCGCUGUUGCCAGUACAGAUGAGCCAAGAGGAAGAAGAACUGAUGAGGAAGAGAUUAUGGAAACUUGUCAACAACCACACGUUCUUCCAGCAUCCUGACUUAAUUAGAGUGCUCCGUGUCCACGAGAACGUGAUGGCAGUGAUGAUGAACACGCUAGGCCGCCGUGCGCAGGCGCAGUCCGACGCUCAGCCCGCCUCACCGCCCACCGCCGAUGACAAGGAAAAGGACACGUCACACGAAAUGGUGGUAGCCUGCUGCCGUUUCCUCUGCUACUUCUGCCGCACCGGCCGCCAAAACCAGAAAGCCAUGUUCGACCACUUCGACUUCUUGCUGGAGAACUCCAAUAUCCUCCUGUCGAGGCCUUCGUUGAGAGGAUCCACGCCUUUGGAUGUGGCUUACUCCAGUCUUAUGGAGAACACUGAACUGGCGCUUGCUUUGAGAGAGCACUAUCUAGAGAAGAUAGCAGUGUACCUCUCCCGUUGCGGGUUACAAAGCAACUCGGAGCUGAUAGAGAAAGGAUACCCCGACCUUGGCUGGGACCCAGUGGAAGGCGAAAGGUAUCUGGACUUCCUGCGGUUCUGCGUUUGGGUCAACGGCGAAAGCGUAGAAGAAAACGCCAACCUAGUCAUCCGUUUGCUCAUCCGUCGGCCGGAGUGCCUGGGCCCGGCCCUGAGGGGCGAGGGCGAGGGCCUGCUCAAGGCGAUAGUGGACGCCAACAAGAUGAGCGAGCGGAUCGCCGACAGGAGGAAGCUAAGGGAGAUGGAACAGGAGGGCGAUGUUACUAUGCGAGACACGCUCCGUCGGCCGGAGUGCCUGGGCCCGGCCCUGAGGGGCGAGGGCGAGGGCCUGCUCAAGGCGAUAGUGGACGCCAACAAGAUGAGCGAGCGGAUCGCCGACAGGAGGAAGCUGCGGGAGAUGGAGCAGGAGGGCGACGUCACUAUCCGAGACACGCCCCGUCGGCCGGAGUGCCUGGGCCCGGCCCUGAGGGGCGAGGGCGAGGGCCUGCUCAAGGCGAUAGUGGACGCCAACAAGAUGAGCGAGCGGAUCGCCGACAGGAGGAAGCUGAGGGAGAUGGAGCAGGAGGGCGACGUCACUUUCUCCCACCCUCUCCCCGAGUCGGAUGAAGAUGAAGACUACAUCGACACCGGCGCGGCCAUCUUGAACUUCUAUUGUACACUGGUCGACUUGCUGGGACGCUGUGCGCCGGACGCCGCUGUCAUUGCUUUGGCACCAUCGGAAAAGUCGUUCAAGGUCGUUUUGUAA